CCUAGUCAGUCUCAAACAGGCUAUGGCGGCAUCACACGUAUCCUGAAAACUAUGACGUUAUUCCGUGACACGUUGCUGGCUACCCUUUACUCCUCCCUUCCCAGGCUAUUAGCUACUGCUGAAUAAGUAGCGUCUAGAGGAAAGAAGCCGCCAUCAUGUUUAAGGGACUCAGGACGAAGAAAGAGCGGUUCGACUUUAGGUUCCGCUUUCACGCGACGCGGGUACCGCCGUCGGGUUUUGACAACCUCGUGGUAUUCGUUGUGCCCGCCGAUUCCGCCAAGCCCGAGGGGCAAACCCCCAAGGCGGCGGUGAAGAAUGGGUCGUGCGCGUGGAGCGGGUCGGUCACCGUCACCGCGAAGCUCACUCGCCACGCCAAGGCCAAGGCGUACGAGCCCCGCCCGUACCGCUUCGUCGUCUCGUCCAACUCGUUGCGAUCAGGCGUGCUGGGCGAGGCGACGCUGAACCUGGCGGAAUUCGCGGGCUUCGGCGGGCUGGACCAGCGGACGCUUCCAUUGAAGAAUUGCAGCGCGGGAACCAUCCUCCAUGCGACCGUUCAGUGCACCGCGCUCGACCCAAGGGACGAGGAGGAGAGCGAGCACGAGGAGGUGGCGACGAGGCGGGCGGCGCCAGGGGCCGCCAGUGGCCGGCACGCCGCUGCUGCGGGCAAGGCUGAAGCCGCCGCUGCUGCUGCCGCUGCGGCCAGUGGCAGCAAGGGAAGAGCUGGAGAGGCACAGAGGCAGCAUCCUCAGAGCGCAAAGCAGCAGGACGAGGGGUCGAAGCAGGCGCAAAAACAGGAGGCGCAGAAGCAGGAGGCGCAGAAGCAAGAGGCGCAGAGGCAGGAGGCGCAGAAGCAGGAGGCGCAGAAGCAAGAGGCGCAGAGGCAGGAGGCACAGAGGCAGGAGGCGCAAAAGCAGGAAAUGCUGGCCGCCAGUCAGCCCGUUGCUCGGUCCUCCUCAGGCGUCCCUCCCGCACCCUCCCAGGACGAGGACGCGUCCACCGACUCCUCUUCGUGCGACACCACCCCGCGCACCACCGCCAGCACCGCCAGUGCCACUCCCAGCACCACCGCUGCCACCACCACCGCACCCACCACCGUCACAGCUGCUUACGCUGCUGCUGUUGCCGCUGCAGCUGCCAGUACUGCCGCUACUGCUGCUGCUGAUUCGAGUGCUGCCGCGAAUGUGGGUGCGGGUGCAGGUGCGAGCGCAGGUGCGAGCGCAGCUAGUGCAGCUGCCAGUGCAGGUGCGAGCAGCAGCGCGGGUGGGCGUGGGGGCCGUGGUGACUCCAAGCCCUCUGCAGCCUCGCCUCGGGUGGCGGGGAAAGAAGGGGGUGGGGUUGGCGGUGGCGGUGGGGGGAUGUUCUUCUGGCGCUCCAGCAGCAGCAAGGACCGGGAUAGGGACAGGGAGAAGGGCAAGGAAAAGGAUAAGGGGAGUCUCAUUCCCGCCUCGCCUCGAUUCCGCUCCAAAAAAGAGCCCUCGUCACCGGUGAUGCGCUCGCGUGACGCGUCGCCCAGUAGAGACGCGGCACGUGGCAGUGGGAAAGGGAAGGAAAAGGACAAGGAGGGUGAGAAGGGGGAGGAAUGGGCCAAGCGAUCGCGAUCGCAGGAGAGAGGGGCGGACAGGCAGGAGAACGAGGCAGGUGCUGGUUCUAGGGCUAGGUCGGCAUCUAGAGACGGCAGGAGGCAGGCGAGUGAGGGGCGGAGUGUGGAGAAGGAGAGGGAGGAGGAGGAUUGGAUGGGAGCAGAGGGGGAGAGGCGGCAAGGGCGGAAGAAAGAGUCCGGGAUCGAUCAGGACUUGGCGUGGCUGCGGCAGCAGGAGCUGCAAAAACAGCAGGAAGUACAGAAGCAGCAGGAGUUAAAGGAGCAGCAGGAGUUAAAGGAGCAGCAGGAGAUAAAGGAGCAGCAGGAGAUGCAGAGACUGCAGGAGAUGCAGAAGCAGCAGCAGCCGCCAGUGAGAAGGGAAGAGGAGGAGGAUGAUCCGGAGUGGGUGGGGCAGCAGAGGGCGGAGGAGGAGGAGUUGCGGCGGCAGGAGGAGGCGUUGGAGGAGGAGGCGAGGCGGGCGUGGGCCGGUGGCGUUAGGGAGGCAGUGCCGGCGCCUGCAGCCGCGUCGCCGGUGGCGGCGGUGUCACCGGGCAAGGCGCUUGGGGGGUGGAGCAGACGGGCCAGCAGCAAGGACGCUCAUGAGGACGGCGCUGGCGCUGCUGGCACUCAUGGGGCUCACGAACCUCAUAGCGCGCAUCACAUUCCCGCAGCAGCAGCCCCGGCUGUGCUGCCCCCUGCGCCUGGCGCAGCUGCCGCCUCCCCCAGGUCGGCCCGCUCCCCCUCGCCAGUUGGCACUCCCACUCAGCGGCCAGGGAGGCAGUAUGAUGACGUGGCAGGGAUGGAGGGUGGCGGAGGGGGGCUGGAGGGUUCCCCGUACAAGUACGGUUCCCCCAGUGCGCGGAUGGGCGGAGGGGGGAGAGACAGCCCGUAUAGUUACCGCAGCCCGGACCCGUCCCCAGGGAUGAUGGGGUACCCCUUCCAGGAGGCAGCAGGCGGCGAGGAGCAGCAGCAGAGGUAUGGCCAGGGCAGCGGCAGCGCUGCAUACGCCUCUCAAGCCGGCGCUGCCCCGGACUCGCUCGCGCUGCCCGACGCUGCCAGUCCAGGCGAUUCUCCCCCCUCUGGCGGCUACCCCGGCAGCAGAGGCUCGGGGAGGGGGUACUUCGGCGCAGCUGACGCUGGCGAGCGGCGGGGAGGGGGAGGGGGAGGCGGGGGAGGGCAGGAUGCGGAGAUGCAUGUGCGCAGGGACUAUGCAGCAGAGGUGUCAGCAGCGGAGGCGGCGAUAGAGGAGCUGCAGAGGGACUGCGUCAAGUACCAGACCACCAGCCGCAACCUCUCCAGGGAGGUCGAGAGCCUCCGCAGCCAGCUGGCCGAGGCCUUCGUGCAGGACCAGCGGGCCGACAUGGCCAUCGGCCAGCUGAAAGAUGAGAGGGAUAGGUUGCAGGAAGAGGUGAACAUGCUCCGGGCGGGGCUGGGCGGCAGGGGCGGCGGGGCGGCGUCGUCUGCAGGCGGGGCGGGGGAGGAUGAGGGGAUAGACGCGAGCUCGUAUGUGGCGGAUGGGACGGAGAGUGAGUGGAGCGUGGGGGGCGGGGGGGGCGCGGAGGGGAUGAGGCGCGUGGCGGGGCUGCUGGAGGAGGCGGAGUUUCUGAGGGGCACGGUGGGGGGGCUGUCGGCGCAGGUGGAAAUGCUGCAGCGGGAGAACGAGGCGCUGCUGGAGCAGGCGGAGAGGGCGGAGGCGGAGGCGGGGAAGUACAGGCGGGACGCGGAGGAGCUGUUUGAGGCGCGGCAGGAGACGGACGCGGCGCUCAAGAGGCUGCAGAAGCAGGCGGAGGAGCGCGAGGCGGAGUGGCAGCAGCGCGUGCGCGGCAUGGGGGAGGCGCAGGCGGCGCUGGAGGAGCAGCUGGCGGAAGGGAAGGGGGAGGGGCCGGAAGGGGUGGAGGAGGGGUUGGCGCUGGGUGAAACGGUGGGCAUGAGCGGGAGCAGCAGCAGGAGGAGCAGGGGGGGAGCGGGAGGGGAGGGCGAGUGGGGAGAGGGCGAGCGGGGGGGAGUGGACCCGAGCAUGGUGCUGCAGCUGAGGCGCAAGGUGGAGGAGCUCGAGAGGGAGGCGCAGGAGCUGACGGUGGAGAGUCUGGAGCUGGCGGCGGGGCUGAACGUGGCGAACAAGGAAGGCGAGGUGAAGGACGCACUCAUCGAGCAGCUCAAACACGAGCUCAUUGCGGCCGGCAGGAAGGACUCCAUCGCUGCUGCCGCCGCUGCCUCGGGGUUUGCUGCGUUUUUCACCAAGGGGAAGGCCGAGGGUGGGGGGAGGAGUGUUGAGGCAGUGAUAAACUCGGGGCCGGCUGCGAGUGAGAAGGAUGUGGGGAAGCUGCAUGGAAGGAUCGUGGAGCUGCUGCAGGCGCUCAAGGAGCAGAGCAAGGAGGCGGAGGAGGCGAGGGAGGAGGCGGUGCAGCUGCGGAGCAAGAUGCGCGUGAGUGAGAUGGCCACGGCGCGCGCCAUGGACCGGCUGAGCAUCUUGGAGGAGUAUGAGCGCAAGGCGAAGCAGGUGGAGGGCGAGCUGGAGGAGACGCGGAAGACGUUAGCAGCGCAGAGGAGGCUGCGGGAGGAGCAGGAGAUGCGUCAUGUGGGGGAGGUGGAGCAGCUGAGAGAAGGUAAGAGGGACGCGGAGAACCGGGUCACCAGGUACGGCGAGGAGGUUCGGCGGCUGGAGCGGCAGGGCGAGGCGGCGGUGAGGCAGAUGGAGCAGGUGGGGGAGAGGCUGAGGGAGUUCUUCACCGCCCGGGCGGAUGAGAGGGGAAUGGGGAGUGAUGAGUUGACGCUGGGGGAGCGGGCGGAGGGGUUGGAUGUUGCUGGGAAGGUGGGGCUGGUGGUGGGCAUGGCGGUGCAGUGGCAGCAGCAGGUGGGGAAGCUGGAGGGGGAGAAGGCGGGGCUGGAGGAGCAGGUGAGGGAGAGUGAGGCGCGCGUGCACGAGGUGGAGUCGACCUCGGGGGCGUGGCGGUCGGAUAGAGGCGCGCUCGAGAAGAAGGUGGGGCGGCUGGACGAGCAGAGGCGGCUAGCGGAGUCGCGGGUGCAGGAGCUGGAGCUGCAGCUGGCAGCCAUGCAGGAGAUGCUGGAAGAGGCGCAGGCGGAGGCGGGUGCUGCUGCAGGGGCUGGGGCUGCUGGGGUUACGCUUGCUGACGUGGAGGCCCUGCAGUCGGCGAAUCAGAAGUCGAGGAGGCGGGUGCAGGAGCUGGAGGGGCAGGUGAGGGGGUUGGAGGAGCGGGUGAGGGGGAAGGAGGCGGAGCUGGUGGCGGCACACGCGGCUGCUGCUGCUGCUGCUGCGGAAUCAGCAGCAGCGGCGACGGCGGCAGAAGCAGUGGGGAGAGCAGGGGCUAGUGGGGGAGCAGGGGCAGGAGCGGGGGGAGCUAGUGCGGGCAGGGCGGAGAGGGAGCUGGAGGACGCGCGGAGGAGGGUUGAGGGGCUGGAGGAGGAGAUAAAGCGCAUGUCGGGGGAGAUAGCGCUGGCGGGGGUGGGCAGGCGCGAGCUGGAGAUGAAGGUGCUGCGGCUGGAGGGGGCGUGCGGCAAGCUGGAGAGCGAGCUGCAGGAGGCGAACGUGGGGCGGCGGAGGGCGGAGGAGAGGCAGGCGGAGGUGGAGGCGCAGCUGGCGGUGGCUGUGGACAGGGCGGAGACGCAGAGGGGCGUGGUGGCGGAGCUGGAGGAGCGGGUGAGCAAGGGCGCGGCCAGGGAGGAGGCGCUGGAGCAGUACCUGGCGGUGGUGCAGGGGAAGGGCAAGGAGGCGGAGCGGGAGAGGGAGAGGCUGGAGGGGCGAGUGAGGGAGGAGGAGGAGAGGAGGCGGGAGGUGGAGCAGAAGGUGGGGGAGAGCGAGGCGGCUGUGGUGAAGGCGAGGGAGGAGGCGGAGAGGGACGUGGGGGAGGCGAGGAGGAGGUUGGAGGAGAUGGAGGCGCGAGUGGAGGUGUUUGAGAAGGAGAGAGAGUGGGCCAUGGCACGGGCGGUCAAGGCAGAGGAGGGGCAGAGGCGGGAGAAGGCCGAGAGGGAGGCGGCGGUGGAGCGAUUGACCACUGAGGUCGCGCUACUGACUCAGCAGCUAUCGGCUCUGUCUGAGGGGGGGAGUGGAGGUGAGGGUGGUGACAGCCUGUCUGCAGUUGAGGCGGCGGAGCUCCGGGCAGCGAAGGGCGAGCUAGAGGACAAGCUACGCCGUGCUGAGGGGGAUUUGAGGGAUGCGGUGAGAGAGAAAGUCAAGCUGGAGGGCGAGCUGCAGAUGGUGAAGGAGGCAGUGGGGGAGCUGAAGGGUAGGGAGAGCUCUCUUCUGGGGGAGGUAGAUGCGCUGAAGAGAGAGGUGGCGGCAGCAGCGGAGGCAGCAGGUGAGCUGUCCCGGGCGAGGGAGCACAAGGAGCAGCUAGUGGCGCAGCUGGCCAAGGCAGAAGCUUCUGUGAAGGAGCUGCAGGUGGCGCGGGAGGAGUUGGAGCAGGAGCGCAAGGGACUGAUAAACCAGGGCGUGGUGAUGCAGGGGAAGGUGAAGGAGCUGGAGCGAGUGAAGGGCGAGCUGGCGCAGGCGAGGACGGAGCGGCAGGUGCUGGAGGAGCGGCGGCUGGCGCUGGCCAUGAAGCUGGCCAAGAUAGAGGAGUCCAUGGAGGAGCUGGAGGACCUGCGGGCGCGCAGUGCAUCGGUGGAGGGCGAGAUGAGUCACCUGGCGAAGCAGGCGGAGCAGGUGCCGGGGCUGCUUGAGGACAGGGAGAAGCUACAGGGGAGGGUCAGGGAGCUGGAGGGGAGGGUGGCGGAGUUGGAGGGACGGGUGGGUGAGCUGGAUGCUGCUGCUGCGGCGGCGGCAGGGGGGACGGCUGCUGCUGUAGGUGAGGGGGUUAAAGGGGGUGAUGGUGAGGCUGCGGCUGCUGCUGCAACGGCGGCUGCGGCUGAAGCGACUGCGGCGGCAGAGGCAGCGGCGGCGGCAGCAGCGGCGAGGGCAGAGGCGUUGGUGGAGGAGGUGAGGCAGCUGAAGCAGCAGAACGCCGAGCUCAAGCGCGCCCUCACUGAGGGCAGCGGCGGCAGCACUGGUGGCAGUCACGCUGAGCCGUCCCCCCAGGGCAUGGGCAGCAGGCCCAUGGGAGCAGCGGCAGGGGGGCUGGCGGCAGCAGGGGGGGCGUUUGCGCGGGGGCGGAUGGGGGGGAUAAUGGCGUCGCGGGGGGGCGGGGGGGAUGCGGCGCUGGAGAAGCAGGUGGAGGAGCUGAGGCGGAGGACAGUGGCGCUGGAGGGCGAGGUGGGGCGCAAGGCGGAGGCGCUGGCCGCUGCUGAGAGGCGGCUGCAGGAAAUGGAGGAGAGCGGAGGGGGUGGGGGUGGUGGGAGCAGAUUGGUUGACAUGGAUGCUGCUGCUGACGAGCGCAUCAAGACUCUUGAGGCGCAGGUGGCGGUGCUGCAGCAGCAGAUUGAUUCGCAGAGGGCAGUGGCGGAGGCAAGGGAGAGCAGCAUGGGCGAAUACGUGCAGCUGCUCACUGCUACUAAUGACUCGCUGGCUGCUGGCACCGAUGCUGCCACCAUGCAGCUCAAUAAGGAGCUGCUGAGGGCGCAGCAGCAGGUGGGCGAGCUGAGAGAGCGGGAGGCGGAGCUGCGCACAGCAGCAGCCGUGCAUGAUGCCGCCAUUCUGGAGCUCAAGGAGGAGGUGGCGAGUCUCCAGAAGAAGCUGUCGCAGCGGGUGCGGGGGGGCGGCAGCACGGCGGGCGGCAUGGUGGAGCGCAUGGCGCUGCUGGAGGCGGAGCUGGCGGAGGCCAUAGACAGCAACAACCGCUACAAGGAGCAGCUCAAACGGGCCUUGAGUGGGACAGGGAACGGUGUCGACACUCUUGCCACCGAUGCCUCUGCUGCGACACAUAUGCCAGCAAGCCCCACCAAGCCAGCAGCAGUUUCAGCACCGGGGAAUGAAGCAGAGAGGUCGCCGCAGCUGAAGGGGAGGGCGGCCAGCAGCAGCCCCAUGGGCAGUGCUGGCAGCCCCAUGUUGGGGAGUAGAAGACUUGCUGCCUCUCCUGCUGCCAGACCAAACCCCUUCGGACGAAGGUGAACCUUCCUGCAAGUCCCUAGGGGCGUUCUAACUUCCCACAAGGUUGAGAAUGAAAUGUAAUUAGUGUUAACCCUAUUCGUGUUUAGAUAUUUUGCCAUAGAAGGAGCAUAUAGUCGUCGUUUGCAUAAAGGCAUGUUAGUUUGCAUACGUUGGGCAUAUAUACAUUUCUUUAAACAUUCACUGA